CAUAGACUCCGCCUCCAACACCUACUAGUUCUCCUCCUGUUUGGCAUCCCAGAGAUGGUCCAAAGUGAUUCCUCAGGGAAGAGAAGGAGCGCAAAUCACCGGAGCAGGGAGCUGACAAGGAGCGCAGCGCCGGGACUGCCUUUUUUUAAUUGCGCGUAAUCUUCCGUCUCAUCCAUCUGAGCCGAGGACAGGACUUUGUAAAUAAAAAGAACCGGAGGGGAAGCGUUGACUGUUAGUUUUUAAAAACCUGACAUUUCGCUUGUGUUCCUGUCAGCGGCAGCACCUUGAUCCGGGGGACCGUCGCCAACUCGGCGCAGCCUCUCAUCCUGCGCUCCCCCUUUCAUCGCUCCUCAUCUUCAUAGCUGCUGCUGCUGCCUCCCUCCUCCUCCUCUUCUCUUUCCUCCUGGAGUCGCAUGAGGUGCAGCUAACCCUGGAUGCUGACAGACAGCUCCCCUCUUCCCUCCGCGUGUCGCAUCUUUUGUUUACUUUCAGAAACACACGCGCAGCUAGACGCCAAGUGUAACAGACCACGCCACUUUGCUCCUGUGACAGCGCGAUCAAACAGACGCGAGCAGGAGGGGAGGCAGAGGAGAAAGAAGAAGAAGGAGGGAGCCAAGGAGAGGAGGAUAGAGAGAGUGAGGGAGAGAGAGAGUGUGAGUGAGAGAGGGACAGCGACAGCGUUGAAGGUGCGUUUUGAUGUUUGGCAUCCACGAGAGCAUCCAGAGGAGUGGGAGUAGUAUGAAAGAGGAGCCCAUGGUGGCCGGGAUGAACGCGGUCCGGACAUGGAUGCAGGGCGCCGGGGUGCUGGACGCCAACACAGCCGCGCAGAGCGGAGUGGGUCUCGCUCGGGCACACUUCGAGAAGCAGCCGCCCUCCAACCUGCGCAAGUCCAACUUCUUCCACUUCGUCCUGGCUCUGUACGACAGACAGGGUCAGCCGGUGGAGAUCGAGAGGACCACCUACAUCGACUUCGUGGAGAAGGACAAGGAAACGACGGGGGAAAAGACCAACAAUGGGAUCCAUUAUAGACUCCAGCUCCUCUACAGUAACGGGAUCAGGACAGAGCAGGACUUGUAUGUUCGUCUCAUUGACUCCAUGACUAAACAGGCGAUCAUCUAUGAGGGCCAGGAUAAAAAUCCAGAGAUGUGUCGGGUUCUGUUGACCCACGAGAUCAUGUGCAGCCGAUGCUGCGAUAAGAAGAGUUGUGGCAACAGGAACGAGACCCCGUCAGACCCCGUCAUCAUCGACAGGUUCUUCCUCAAGUUCUUCCUGAAGUGUAACCAGAACUGCCUGAAGAACGCAGGGAACCCUCGGGAUAUGAGGCGUUUUCAGGUGGUUGUAUCGACUACGGUGAGCGUGGAGGGUCACGUCCUGGCCGUCUCCGACAACAUGUUUGUGCACAACAACUCCAAACACGGCCGCCGGGCCCGAAGACUGGACCCCUCGGAAGGAACGCCGUCCUACCUGGAGCAUGCAACCCCCAGCAUCAAAGCCAUCAGCCCCAGUGAAGGCUGGACCACAGGGGGCGCCACAGUCAUCAUCAUCGGGGACAACUUCUUCGACGGCCUGCAGGUCAUCUUCGGAACCAUGCUGGUCUGGAGUGAGCUGAUCACCCCCCAUGCCAUUCGUGUGCAGACUCCACCCAGACACAUCCCCGGGGUGGUGGAGGUCACGCUGUCCUACAAAUCCAAACAGUUCUGCAAAGGCACACCUGGGCGUUUCAUCUACACAGCGCUGAACGAGCCAACUAUAGACUACGGCUUCCAGAGGUUACAGAAGGUCAUCCCCAGACACCCCGGAGACCAAGAGAGAUUACCCAAGGAGGUGAUCCUAAAGAGAGCAGCGGACCUGGUGGAGGCCUUGUAUGGCAUGCCUCACAAUAACCAGGAGAUGAUUCUGAAACGAGCGGCAGAUAUCGCAGAGGCCCUGUACACAACGGUGCCAAGAGGGCACAACCAGCUCUCCAGUCUUGGCAGCGGCUCCGUCCAUGCUGGCAUGAUGUCUGUAAACUCCUUCACUGGGUCGGAGGUGGCGCAAACAGGCAAUCAGGGUUUCAGUAGGAGUACAAGCAGUGUGUCCCCUCACGGUUAUGUCCCCAGCUCCACCCCCCAGCAGAAUAGCUACAGCUCUGUCUCCAAUAGCAUGAAUGGCUACGCUAACUCUGGCAUGGCAACCUUGGGCACCUCGCCCAACUUCCUCAAUGGAUCUGCAGGCAACUCGCCCUAUGCUAUCGUCCCAUCAAGCCCCACCAUGGCCUCAUCGACCAGUCUGCCCUCCAACUGCAGUAGCUCAUCCGGCAUCUUCUCCUUCUCCCCGGCCAACAUGGUGUCUGCAGCCGUCAAGCAGAAGAGCGCCUUCGCCCCUGUCGUUCGACCCCAGAACUCCCCCCCGCCCACGUGCACCAGCACUAACGUUAACAGCCUGCAAGAUCAGUCUUUUGUGGACUCUAGCAAGUACUCAUCAGCCAGCUCUCUGCAGGGCCUGGCCUUCUCCUGAACGAUUCCCGGGAUGAUCGUUCCACCCAUGUAGAGGAAUCUGGGAUGGCUGGAGAUUUGGGAUUUUUUUUUUAAAGAGGAAAAGACACAGUAGCAGAGUCUGGCGAGUCUCUGCUAUGCUCCGGAGCUGAACUGAAGGAAGUCAAGAUAAGACGCCAGGACUCUGUUAAACUCAGGCCUUUCCAUUGGGAUUUCAUCUGAAGGGAUAAGGGGAGGAGGAAAAAAGAAGGGACAAUCCGAACCUUUGUGAUGUUAUUUCCCUCUUGGUUGAAUUAGUGUAGCUUCUCUGACAUCGCCUCUCGUGGAGUGUGUAGAGACUGAUAGUUUGCCCACAGUGUGACACUGACCUCAUGAAAAGAGCAUUUAUUUAUCUUUAUGUUUAUGCCUGUAAGGUUUGGCUUCGAUUACCGGAGGCCCCCCCACACGCCGUCUCGCAAUCCAUAGCUCGCACAAACAACAGCAAAGUGUCGGUUUGGCCGUGGAGUUUACCUAACCUCUGUCACAAUAGAAGAUGCUUUCCUUAGCUCAGCUGGCUUUUCUGAAAACCACAAAGCAGCACGCCGGCCAAAUGGUGCAAAGGUCGACAACACAGAAAAAAAGGCAAAGAAAUACAAACACGAGCAAAAUCAUCAACCCCUUAAUUUUGCUGCUAAUUUUCCCACACAACUAAAAAGUGGUGUAUCGAAAUCUCCCUGUGCUAUUUUUUAAGAUCAGAAACCAUGCCUCUCUCUCUUUCUUUUCUUAUUUUCUCAUUUAGUUUGUUUGUUUGACUUUCAAUAAAAAAAAAAACUGUGAGGAUUGAGCUGUUUGCAAUAUGCUUUUUCUGCUUGGCGUGUGAAGAUUUAGCCAAAAUUGACGUUUUGUCGGAGGUUUUAGCGAAAGACUUGAAAAGCCAGAGGAUGUGUGCGUCCAGCCAGCACUGUACUGAAGGAGUCUAGCAAAUAUCAAAUUAGAAUAAAUGCGUGAUUAUAUGUGAUAUAUUUUUGUACAUAAAAAAAAAAACUAAUGUUGAAUUUUUCAUUUGACAUUUAGUUUUCUUUUUUUUUUUGCGAUAGGUAUAGUUUGAAAUGUAAACAUUAAAUGUCUUAAGGCAGCUUCUCAGUGCAGAAGAUAGAUUUACUGUGUGUUGUCAAUAUCUCAUCUGCGAAACAUGAGAAACAUGGAUUUGGAUACAAAAAGGGGAUUCCUGUAAAAUAUCCUAUAAAUAAUGUAUUUAUCCCUUGUAUUUGUACAUUGCCUCUCACCCCCCUCUGUUUAGUUGUGUUGUGUAAGUUUAAUACAGUAAGUGAACAUAUUUCACAGUGUUUUGUUUCAUUAUUACUGUUGUCCCCCACUAUUUAAAUGUGACUUCUUUUUUCUUUUUUUUUUCAAUCUUUUUUUUCUUGUUCGUUUUGUAUGUUGUUUUGCAUCGGUAUACCAUGCUUUCAUUUGUUGAUUUAAAACAUGCCAUUGUCUAUUUUUGUAUUAUUUGUAAGUUAAUAAAAAACAAUUUCAUUUUUUUCCUUUUGAAAAUGUUUAUUGUACGGCAACAAAGUAGCAUCUUAUUCAGAGUAUUUGGUUGGAGUAGAUUUUUUAAGAAUAUAUACACACAUUAAUAUAUACUGUAAAUCUAUAUCUUUUUUGUUUGAGGCUUUCAGAUUGAUACUGUUCUUGAACUGAUAAUAUGCAUGGGUUCUUCUCUUGAGUGACACUUUCGUUUUUUGUGCGUGGAAAAACCAAGAGAAGUAAGAAAUUGCUCUGUGUUUUUUCUUUCUUUGUGUUUCCUCUUUUUUCUCCCUCCUCUGUUCUUUCUUUUCCUAUGUUAUUUAUGCCUGCUUACAUACUGUAUCUAUAUACUCUUUCUUUUUUUUCUGUCACUGUAAUCUUUACCAGCAGUCUAGAUGCCUUAACAAUGCAAACCCAUUCUUCAUUCAAUCACGUGUACAGUUUUCUACCCUCACCACAAUUGUCUAUUGCCACAGAGGAAUUCAUGGGAACUUGGGGACAAAGCACAAACCCACUCCGUUUGGUGGUGAAGCCAGACUAGAAUACAAAGAGCCAUAAUUCAACAAUCACACACACCCUGAUGUACUAUAAUACUACAGCGAUGGCAUGCUUUGAAGGACAGUCAGCGCUGAGAGGCCUCUCUCAGCUGUGCUCAUUGCACUUAAGUGUUCACACAAACACUUUGUCUUUUUGUUGUAGCGAUUAUAUAUAUCAUUUCUUUUUCAAUUAAUGAAAUAAGUUAAACAGCAUGGUGGUGAUAUUUCUCAUUAACCACAGGAUCACGACAGAGCGACGACACUGAGCUGUUUUAUUGUAGUACAAAGGGGCGCACAGUGAAGACGAGCACUGUCACAGCACAAUUUUACUCUCACACAUGGAGUCGUACAGGUCCGACUCCAGUAUCUGACAGUCGAUCCCCCCGGUCCUCUCCUCUCCCUGUUUCAGCCUUUUGGACAAUACAGCUUCAUUACAAGCCAAACAGAACAAGAACGAGUGAGGAGGCAUGAAACGGAGCUCUUUGGCCCCUCGGCCAUUUCUGUAGUCUUUUUCUUUGUGUGUCUUCAAGCUGUUGCUGAACAGAGAAUAGGGCUUUUCUCUCUGCUUUUCUUUUCUAGAGUCUGGUUUUGUUAAGUGGGUAGAGAGGAGCGUUUUAACAGAGGCGCCUGCUGACAGACGAGUGUUUUUCAGGCACUUGUGUGCCUGCGCUGGUCUGGGCCGGGGCAGGAGGGGCUGCACCAUAUCUGUUUCAAAUGAACGACAGAGGUCUGUUGUCAUACAAUGGUUGCUUUGUAAGCAAAGUUCCAUCCCGAUUAUAAAUAUUGGUAAUGGGUGACAAAGUUUUGUAUUUAGGUAACAAACAAAAAAAAAGAUGCAAACCAAAUAGCUGGUGUCUAUUUUUUCCUCUGUUUUGUCUUUGACUGCAAAUACACUGAACAGCUCUAUGAUAUAAGGGAAGAAAAAAAUCUACUGUAUAGAUUGUUAUUGUUUUUGAUGAAAAAUGAGCUGUAAGAUAACUUUUGGACUCACAAUGUUGAAUUAAAGUUACCUCUUGUCUGUGA